GUUGAGAGUUGGCAGCGUGGUGGCGGGUGGUCACUGACGAAGUGUUGGAUGACUGACAAGGUGGAAGUAAGGAGUGAAGAUGGGGGAUCCUUCAAAGAAGUGCGAGCAGAACUUCCAUCAACUUCAUAGGCUCUUAACAUGUUUUGAGGAGAGUGCUUCUAUUAGGAGACAGGAUCGUUGGGUCAUAGUGAGAACAGUGAGAGAAUUGUUAAAAAGCUUGCCAACUGCUAGCAGCAACAGCCUGUUACAGGAUUGGCUUACUACCAGGCAAGAAGCACUGAUUUCUAUGUCGAUUCAUUUCCUUAAGCUCAUUGUCAUAGCCUCAAGAAAAGUAAAAUAUGUCAAAUUGGUUGAAAGUGCACUUGAAGACGACUUGAAACUUCUACAUGGUAUCUUGGGUAAUCAAGGCAAGCUGAUAGCCAUGGUGGCACUUAGGGCGGGUGCCAUCAUCACGGAGGGCCAAGGGUUGUCGUACAUAUGUCAAGCACAAGUGUUUGGCACCAUUGCCAGGGAAGUUGUGAAAGGUUACCUGACUGGUGUAAACCCUGACAGUGAGGAAGAUGUGUGGUGGAGUAUCUUGCUGUUCCGGCUGUGGCUGCUCAGUUGUGGAGGAGAAGCAAAGGUCGCAGCACUCCGGGAAAUUUUGGCUAUACUGCCUCGUAAAGUGUCGCGAAGGAUUCUCGGUUUGUACAUUUUUAGUAAGGCCUGUAAUGGAUACAGUACAUGUUAAAAAUAAACAGUUGCAUUGAUUAUCAAUGCUAAAUUUACAAAGCAUUCUUUGACAAAUUUCUUUUGAUUUGUAAACUUUGAAAUGUAUAUGUAAGGAAA